AUGACCACGACACCACCCCUCGCGACGGGUGCCAACCCUCCGAUUCCCGCCGAACAGCUCGCCGCACUUACAUCGCUGCUGUCGGGUCUCACCGCUGCCGCUUCCGGCACUGCCACACCCGCCACGACGUCCGGCACCACUCGCACUGCCUUUCCAAAGCACGCACGCUUGGAUGGUGCGAAGACCUUCGCGAACUGGACACGCCAACUUCGCCUGUGCCUAGCGGACGACAUCCGCUCGUACGUCCUCGACGGUAUCGCACCCGACGACUGGACACCUUCGCAACGCUCCGCUCGCGACGCCGUCGCUCGUGAGGUCCUUGCGAAUUCGAUUGACUCGGCCGAAGUCUCGGCAGUCCUCGACAAAAUCCCUACCGCCGACCUGACAGCGCCGACAAUCUACUCGACGCUGAAAUCGCGGUACGCCCCUGACGACGCCACCCGCACGCUCGAGCUCUUCUCACGACUCUGGGGUUUCCGUCCCAUGCCCGGCACGGUUGCCGAAUUCGACGGGUGGAUCAUGGACUUCAAAGCCGUUGCGCAAGAGAUCAUCGACACAAAGACAACUAUCAAUGAUGUUCUCGCCACACUCCUCCUUGCAAUCGCCCACCCGUCCCUCGAGAGCUUCAAGGCGUCGUUCACCGAUGAACAGCGCACGCAACGAACUCUCCCCGACAUUGAUUCGCUUGCCGACCGUAUGCGAGUCCAACUUCGGUCAACGAACAUCCCCAGCACUCAAUCGGCCCUUCUUGCCUCGUCGUCGUCACGUUCUACUCGUCUCAAGUGUCUCGCCUGUCGCAGCCCUUCGCACCGAGUCGCGGAGUGCCCUACGAGGGCGCAACACCCGCCGCCAGGACCCUGUCGCUCCUGCAAGAAGAAGGAUCACUGGUCUCUCGACUGCAAGAAGGCGCUCGAGGACGGCAAAAAGCCCGACACCGCUGACUCGACCGUCGACUCGCAACACCAUGUCGGAUGUCUCGCCACCGGUCUUCUCGCUCGUCGUCGCCAGCUUCGCAACCACUCUUUUGUCGUCGACUCGGGCGCCACUUCGCACAUGGUCUCGGACAAGUCGCUGUUCACGACCUAUCGCCAUAUCGCUCCUACGAAGAUUGGUGGUAUUGCAGGGGGCAUCAACGCCAUCGGAACGGGAAACAUCGCCUUCAUUGCCGCCUCGGGUCAUCCGAUCACGCUUACCGGCGUGCUGCACACUCCGGGCCUGUUUGUCAAUCUUCUCUCGGUCUCUCGACUUUGCGACACCGACGAUGUCCGUGUCGCCUUCACAAAACACGGCAUCCACAUUGACAAGGACGGCAACGACAUCGCUGAAGGCGCACGACUCGACGAAGGGCUCUACUUGCUGGACGCUGAUCAUUCCAAAUGUCAGCACCUUGCUCUCCUUUCUCGCUCACAGUCGUCCGUGCCCCUGCUGACUCUCCAUCGCUGCCUCGGCCAUCUCGCACCGUCCUCCAUACAGAAGAUGGUUGCCGCUGGUUUGCUGGAGGGUCUCAGGGCCGGAUAUAGUGACGAAGAGGUAGAGAAGUUUGUCUGCAAUGCUUGCCUCAGCGCAAAGGGCCAUCGUCUUCCCUCUCCCGAUUCGGAUUCGCACUCCUCAGAGAGACUCGGCCUUGUACACAGCGAUGUGCUUUCCUUCCCCGAGCGGUCCUUGACUGGCAAACGUUACCUGGUCACAUUCCUUGACGAUUACUCGCGCAAACUCUGGGCCUACGCAAUCGGACACAAAAGCGAAGUCUUCGGCAUAUUCAAAACUUGGCUAGCCGAGGUUGAACUCGAGACGGGUGCGACGCUGAAGGUCCUCCGAACCGACAACGGUGGCGAAUACUGUUCGAGAGCGUUCACAGAGUUCUGCAAGACACGAGGCACCCGUCGACAAUACUCUAUCCCACGCACGCCUCAACAGAACGGUCGUGCAGAGCGGGUCAAUCGUUCCAUUGUCGAAGGCGUCCUUGCCCUCCUUGUCGACGCCCACCUACCCAAGACAUUCUGGGAGGAGGCUGCAGCUUAUUUCGUUUACUGCAAGAACCUGUGUCAACACGCGGCCCUGGACAAGGCAACACCAAACUCCGUCUGGCAGGGUGACCACACCACUGCCUCGGCGCUUCACCCGUUCUGA